AUGAGUUUUGGUUCCUCCAAUUCUUCUGAUCAGGUUUUGUGUCCUAUACCAUAUAUUCAAGAAAGCGAGCUAAAGAUGACUCAACUUUCGUCGACCAUGUAUUUGCCUGAACUUGGAAUGGAGGAGCCCACUUUGUUUCAUCAAUACCCGAUGGAUUCUUUUGCAUUCCAGCUUGAUGAUCUUGACUUCGAGUCCUUCUCCGCGUCGCCAAAGAGCUAUUCCUCUCACAAGCGCUCUUUCCCCGUUGAAAGUCCUCAACAAUCUAUUGCCCCUUCAAGACCCACCGAGCACCACAAGACUGUGACUACAUGGAGUGCUUACGGCAGUGACUUGAUAGCUCCCAAGCCUUCUUCCUCUUCGUCUUCCAAAAUCAUCUCUUUUGAACACUCCAAUGCAUCUUCAGUUGCUUCCCAACAAUUCUACAACACGGAUGCCAGUGUGAAGAAGCCUAAAAUUGAAACCGGGUGCGGUGAAAACUUGGAUUUUGCAGCCUAUGAGAAUAAAAGUUUUCUAAACUAUGAUAAACAAGAGAACAAGGCUGCAACUGCAACUACUAGAAACCCAACCCAAGCUCAAGAUCAUGUAAUUGCCGAAAGAAAACGAAGGGAAAAACUCAGCCAGAGGUUCAUUGCUCUUUCGGCCAUCGUCCCUGGACUCAAAAAGAUGGACAAGGCUACAGUUUUGGAGGAUGCUAUAAAAUACGUGAAACAACUACAGGAACGAGUAAAUACGCUGGAGGAACGAGUGGCUGAUAAAACAGUUGAAAAAGCGGUUUUUGUGAAGAGAUCUUUUGUUUGCACUGACGAUGGUAGCUCCCCCUCCGAUGAGAACUCCGACCAAUCAUUCCCCGAAAUCGAAGCAAGAAUUUCCUGUAAAGAGGUACUCAUCAGAAUCCACUGCAACAAACAUAGUGGACGAGUGGCUACUAUACUCACCGAAUUAGAGAAGCAUCAUCUCACAGUUCAGAGCAGCAGCUUUUUGCCCUUUGGGAAUAACACUCUUGACAUAACUAUUGUUGCUCAGAUGAACAAGGAAUAUUGCUUGACAGCAAAGGAUCUAAUAAGAAAUUUAAGAGAGUCUUUGAGGAAGUUGAUUUGAUCGUGAAUAACCAGUUCAAGGCAUCUACUGAUCUACAUUUGUUUAUGUGCAUGCAUGAGUAUAGGAAUAAGCUUAAUAAUGACUUUUUAUCGCAGUGCUUUCUUUUCUCCUUUUUGUCCAUCAUUUGGAUUUUGGAGUAACAUAUCCAUGGCCUGCGAUUGCAAGUGUCUCCUACAAUGUACCUCAGUUUACUUGGGCCUGUUCUGCUGUAGAGUACAAGAUAAUGCCAUAGUGUUUUUCUUCCUUUUUUGCGUAGUUGACUCACCAGCUGCGUUACAUACCCCACAAUGGCAUUUUCAAAUCUCUGCAUUUGUCUCUCUUUUCUUUUUUCCGAGAGGGGUUUUUGAGAGGAUUUGACUAUUCAAAGAGACCUCUUUCCUCUCUCUUUCACUUUGUGAACAGGGUACUGUUAGGAAGACGACGUAGACUUCAUUUUAUUUUUUAUAUUGUUUUCCUUGUCGGGUUGUGAUCGAUCAAUUCUGUAUAAAAUUCUUAUGAUUACUGUUGUGAC